AUCUCCACCACAAACGCUUUGUCUGUUAAACCAGCGAAUACUUGAAUUCGUUAAUGGCGUUCAUCUACUAGGGUUCCUCUUCUUCUAACCUUUGUAUUUCUGCAGAGAGCUGAGGGCAUUGAAAAUGUCAAUGUUAAAUAUGUCCAUCUCAAUUCCAACACCUCCUCACUCCAUCUCAUUCUCCGGGGUUUUAACCGGUCCAAACCAUCUUUUCCUCUGCUCAAAGCUCUCUCAGCUAUCGAUACGCUCUCCCUCCAUCCCCAUCAAAUGGACGACGAUUCGCAUGGGCGGAGGCCCCAGAACGUACCCAGGCGGAGUAUCGAAGUGGCAAUGGAAGCGAAUGCAGAGAAAGAAAGCGAAGUUGCUCCUUAAGGCUCGGCUCUCCCGUGAGCGCCAGAUUUACGAGAUGCGCAAACGUGCUGAGCUGCGAGCCGCUGCCUUGGAGCUUGAGAGGCCUUGGGAGCCCGUAGAGAAGGCGCCCACAUUGUUAUCUGUGAGCGCGGACGAGCAGCUGAAGGUCUUGGCCGAUAGGUUUCAGAAGCCGGGCGGCUUCGAUCUCUGGUCUGACAGAGACGGGCCGCAGUUGUUUGAGACGCCCGCUGAAGAACCUGUGGAGAGAUUUUUCCCUAAGGGGAUUGUUCACAGCAUUGCGAGGCCCUAUGGGCGAAUUUCUCAGUUCCAUUCGGAUGGUGGCCAUGAAUUGUCAUUGCCGAGCAAUGUUUCGGGAGCUAGUGAUGGCCGCUCAAUUGUGAGACAAAGAAACGGUUAUAAGAAUUCAGGAAGAUUGAGGGGUGGUUCAUUUAGUGCAGGGACGGUCGACGUUGGGAAUUUGUCUACGAGUGGCAGUAAUUCAGAUGCAGAGAGUUCCGAUUGGAAUGAUUCUGUGGAAUUAUGGCAGGUGGGUGUAUCAGGGAAUGUUAAUGGAACUGCUAUUGGAAAGAAUACUAGCAGUCAGAUUUGGAAGAAAGGGGGCAGAAGAAGGUCUGGAUCGCCAGUUUCUAAUGGUUUAGAGGAGUUUGAUUCAGGACAGAGCGGUUCUGGCACAGACCAAAGUGUGAAGAUUUCCGUGAGGCACAGUGGAAGGCAUAGUCGUGUUGGUCAGCUCAAAAGGGGCAAUGGUUCACAGGAAUUGAAAUAUUCACGUACUGAAGCCUAUGAUAUGAGUUUGCAAAAAGAUGGGAGUUAUAAGUAUUAAAUAGGGUAGCAAUUAUAGCUUGAAUUUUGAGGAAACAAUGUUUGUUGAACCGUCAUUGAAUUCAGUUUCAAAAGCAGUUGGACAUAAUUGCAGGAAAAAUUGCAGGCAACAUUAGAAGCAGUUUGCUUAGGGAAAAAAGUACGUCUAUGCUUUUGGGUUGAAACUGGUGCUGGAAGAAAUUGUUGAAUGAGAAUGAAAUAUACCUUUGAGUUAUAUAUCUUUGGAUCUUCCAUCCAUCCUGUGGUAUUUGAACUGUACUAGGUAAGAGCUAUGAUUUACCUGUUUGUACCUGUGCAUAUUCACAUUAUAUUUCAAGCUUCAGUUAGAAUGUAAUUUAUUGACUCUUUGUAUGUUAUAAAGUUUUUGAAUGGAAAUGUUGGUUAUUAUCAGAA